CUGAACUCGAUAGCAAUUUCUGAGCUGUAUGGACUCGUUGUAUAGAGCUCUUCCACGGAGCUCGUGUCCAGAUGCCGCUGAGAGAUUCUGUGAGUCAGCAAAUCCAGUGAAGGUUGGAAGGAGGAGCUGUCCGGAGUCAGAAGGGCAGCGUGAGGACCACUUUUCUAAUCCGCCAAACUGCUGCUGGUUCCGAGGGAGAAGAGCCAGAACUGCGUUUAGUAGAAACCAGAUUGAGGUAUUAGAAGAAGAAUUUCAGCUAAAUUGUUACCCGGGGAUUGAUGUUCGUGAAGAUCUUGCUCAGAAACUCGGGCUAGAUGAAGACCGAAUUCAGAUCUGGUUCCAGAAUCGCCGUGCAAAGCUGAAAAGAUCUCAUCGAGAAUCUCAGUUCCUGAUGGUGAAAAAUGCACUGAUAAAUUCACGUGCAGAAAGUUGGCACCCAGCUAUAGGAACUCGAUCAUCAAAGUCUCAAUCUUCUCGACUAUUUCUUGAUGCUUCAUUUUAUAGCUUGAAAGUUGGGGAGCAGGAAGGACCAAAGCCUAAAUUUAGGUGUAGCUAA